AUGGCGGAAGCGUUUUUACAAAAUAUAGAAAGAAAAGUCCUUAACACUAUAACAGCAAUUAUUCAUACAUCCGAACCAAAAACUUACAAGAGAUAUGUAGAUGAUUAUCAUGCUCGCUUUGCUUCAAUAAAACAACAACAAAUGUUCCUGAACAUCCUUAAUCAACAACAUCCUGCCAUAAAAUACACAGUGGAACUUGAAAACGACCUCGAACAACUCAAUUUCCUAUAUAUUAACAUUACAAACACAGGCUCUGGAACUUAUAAAUUUCAAAUACAUAGAAAAAAAGCUAUUACAAAUGUUCAACUUAAACCUAACUCGAACAUUAAUCCUAACAUUAUUAUUGGCGUUUUCAAAGGAUUUUUAUGUCGUACUAAAAGAAUAUGCUCUCAAAAACACCUUUAA